GACAUUUUAAAAUAUGCAAAAUGAAUUUCUGAACGAGUGGUGUUGUUGAGAGGGUCACGAGGGGUCUGGACCGUACAAAACGGUUGGGGUGUGGUGCAUGGAUUAUCCAACAGUCAGUUCUUUUUAUCAUGAAUUUUGAAGUUAAUGAUACGUACAUGAUAGUACACCAUAGUACUACAUCAUAGUACUACAUGUACAUCAUAGUACUACAUCAUAGUACUACAUGUACAUCAUAGUACAUCAUAGUAUUAUAUCAUAGUACUACAUAAUAGUACUACAUGUACAUCAUAGUACUACAUCAUAGUACUACAUCAUAGCACUACAUCAUAGUACACUACAUGUACAUCACAGUACUACGUAUACAUCAUAGUACUACAUCAUAGUACUACAUCAUAGCACUACAUGCUGAAUAAAACUACUACUACUACAUCAUAGUAAUACAUCAUAGUACUAUAUGUACAUCAUAGCACUACAUCAUAGUACACUACAUGUACAUCAUAGUACUACAUCAUAGUACUAUAUGUACAUCAUAGCACUACAUCAUAGUACACUACAUGUACAUCAUAGUACUACAUCAUAGUACUAUGACAGGCCUCUAAAAUGUCAUGACAUGGAUUUAAUCAACAGUGAGGCUUGCCUCACUAAGUAGAUUGUGACGUUGACUUAAGUGGGUUUGUUUAAUUGAAUGGAUUGAUAUAGUGUUGUGUUGAGUGCUGUUGUAGUGGCUUUUGUAGUAUGGGCAUGACCGGUGGAUGCUUUUGCUGAGUAAUAUACUACUACUACUACUACUACUACUACUACUACUAUAUGUACAUCAUAGCACUACAUCAUAGUACACUACAUGUACAUCAUAGUACUACAUCAUAGUACUAUAUCAUAGUACUACAAUCAACACAUAUAGGGAAGCAAUCUCACUGUUUGUGAUAUGAGGAGAUACUGUUUUCUCUGUUGAAGGACAACACAGGGUGAUCCUCUGGCAAUGUCAAUGUAUGCUUUAGGAAUCUUGCCACUUAUAAAUCAGCUCCAUGGACUUUGCAAACAGGUAUGGUUUGCAGAUGAUGCAACCGGUGCAGGGAAGCUGAGUGCUGUACGAGAGUGGUGGAAUGCUAUUGUUGAAUAUGGUCCAAAUUAUGGAUACCAUCCUAAUGCAACCAAGACGUGGUUAAUUGUCAAAGAGUGUCAGUUCGAAAAUGGACGGCAGGCAUUCAUGGGUACCAAUGUGCAAAUUACAACAAGAGGAAAACGUCAUCUUGGUGCUGCUUUGGGUAACACGUCUUUUGUCAAUCAAUAUGUUGGUGAAAAAGUCCAAGAUUGGAUCCAACAAAUUGAAUGCCUUUCUAACAUUGCUAAAACACAGCCUCAUGUUGUCUACUCAGCCUUCACGAGAGGAUUAGUUCAUCGGUGGUCUUAUUUACUACAAACUGUCCCUGACAUUGCGUCGCUCAUUAAACCACUAGAGGAUGCGAUUCGUCAUAAAUUUCUUCCAUCCCUGACGGGUCAAAAUGUUUUCGGUCCUGAGAUGAGAGAUACCCUGCCCUGUCUUUGCCAUGCAGUCUUGGUGGGCUGAACAUUCAUGACCCCAUGAAAAUGUCAGACCUUCAUUUCUGUGCCUCGCAACAUAUCACAGCACAGCUUGCAGCGUUGAUUGUUGCCCAAGAACAGCGCUAUACUGUGUCUACAGUUGAGACCAAAAGAAAGAAAUCUGAAAUGAAAUCCAACAAGUAAACCUUCCAGCGUCAGUUGUUGGAAUCACUGCAAGAGAAAGGGUCAUCAACUUUAAAGCGUGGUGUUGAGUUGGCUUCAGAGACAGGACAUCCAGGUGGCUCACCGUUCAACGCAUUGCAGAACAUGGUUUCCAUCUUUCGAAAGGGGACUUCUGGGAUGCCCUGUGCCUCAGAUAUCAUUGGCCAUUGCCUAAUGUCCCUUCACAUUUUGAGUGUGGACAACGUUUUAGCAUUGAUC